GACAAACGAGAGACAGAGAUUAUGUGCUUGCGGUGGACAGACUGACGCAGAGAGGAAAUAACACAGUGGUUUGAGGACGACAGAGAGAGCAGACACAGUGAUGACACACAGAGAGACGUAAAACGCAGCUGACAAAUUCAAAACCUACGAGGAACAAGUUUAAAGAAAGAAAGGUGAGAGGGAAAGAAGCAAAAAUAACAAAUAAAACAAACUUCCACAUUACUGGAAACAACUUUUUUAGCAAGGAUUGACUGAAGGAGGUCAAGAACAAGUGGAGUGAAGACAACAAACCAACAGUCCAGCAAUGACUAUAUCCUGCUCUUCUGAAGAAUUUGAGCAUGAGGGACAGUGCUGUAAACGCUGCCCAAAAGGAAAAUAUGUUUCAGUUGAGUGUAGCAGCUCCUCGCCUACAAAGUGUGAGACAUGUCCUCAAGGAACCUUCAUGAUUCACAGUAACUUUCUUCAUAAGUGUAUGCCUUGCACACAGUGCCAUGGGGAUAAUCAGCAUGAGAUACAGCACUGUGAAGCGGACAGUGACCGGAAGUGUGAGUGUAAGGAUGGGUUUUACUGUGAAAGUUAUGAAUCUAAUAAUCACUGCCAAGUCUGCAUACCACUCACAAGCUGCCCACCAGGGACAGGAGUGUCUUCUAAACCCAUCAAAGACACCAUCUGCAGACCCUGCACAUCCGGAACUUUCAGCAAUGUGACAGACUACAAAUCACCCUGCCUUAAUUACACCAACUGUACGGCGCUCGGUCGUCAUUUGAAGACAGCUGGCACAGACAAAACAGAUGCUGUGUGUGGGGAUUUUGUCCAGAAUUGUCACUGGAAGCUUCCUGCUGGGCUGUGGGCGGGGUUCAUCCUGACAAUAAUCAUCUCCUUAAUUGUUGUACUGCUUUACAGGAGGGAUAAGCGCAAAUCCAAACAAAGAGGGAGUGUUUCAGUGGUUGUUCAGGGUUACAGCCCCCCAAUUCUACCUCCAGAUAUCAUCAAGCCAAACAGCUCUAAACUGCAGUUUUUUAAUGACGAUUCAAUCUUCUCCAACACAGACAACUGCUGUCUGGAGAGUGAUGGGAUUACCAUGACAACGAUAACUGCAUCCGAAAAAUACGUCCAUGAAGUCAGCUAUGAUCAGUUUGAUGGUCUUACCUCCAGCAAGCCAUCCUUCCUUCACUCUGAACCGCAGGAGGACGAGUGGCCUGGAGCCUGAAGAUGCCUGAUACCAUAACAAAGAGUUCCACACCAAGAAUACAAAAUCUAUAUGUAUCAUUCUUAUGUUCACAUAGGUUUCAACAUAUUUCAUUUCUCUCAUUCACUGCAUUUGUGUAUAAUAAAUAUUUUCUUGUAAAUAA